CCCCGCAAAUUUUUUGUGCUUAAAGACGGCCUCAGCUCCUGUCAACCUCUCUCCCGACACGGCGAUCUUGCCCCAGUUUUCCGCUUUCUUUUCGCUGCGCUCUGUGUGGUGCCCCCCCAGACUCCGAGUCAGCAAACCCAACAACAAGAGCAACAACCAGAGCACUGGUCGAACGCGACAAUGGCACACGAGAAGGAGAUCCAUCCUACCACCACGGUGCCUCACGACCAGCACGAUGUUGAUCACAAGCGCGCUGCCAACAGAGUCAUUGACGAUGCGCGACAUGCAACAGAAAAGGAGCACAACAUGACGCUGUGGCAGGGUAUCAAGUUGUAUCCCAAGGCUAUUGGAUGGAGUAUCCUUAUCAGCACAUGUAUUGUCAUGGAAGGCUACGAUGUGUGCCUUCUAAACAACUUCUUCGGAUUCCCGCAGUUCAAGCGAAAGUACGGCGAGAUGAUGCCAGACGGUUCCUACGAGAUCUCUGCACAAUGGCAGGCGGGGUUGUCCAACGGUGUCAUUGUUGGUGAGAUCAUUGGAUUGUUUUUGAACGGUUGGAUCAGUGAGAGAUUCGGAUAUCGGUAUACGAUUAUCGGGUGCCUGACCCUUAUCGUUGGGUUCACCGCCAUUUUCUUCACCGCACAGUCCGUGGUCCACCUGCUGGUUGCUGAAAUCCUCUGUGGUAUUCCAUGGGGAGUAUUCCAGACGCUCACUAUCACUUACGCGAGUGAAGUUGUUCCCGUUGCUCUUCGUGGAUAUUUGACUACAUAUGUCAACUUCUGCUGGGGUUUGGGUCAAGUCAUCGGUAUCGGUGUGAUCCGCGCUAUGCUUCCCCGAGACGACGAAUGGUCCUACCGUAUCCCCUACGCUCUGCAAUGGAUGUGGCCCGUCCCCAUCAUAAUCGGUGUGGCUCUUGCCCCCGAGUCUCCAUGGUGGCUCGUCCGUAAAGGCCGUCUUGGAGAUGCGAAGAAAUCUCUCCUCCGUCUCACCAGUCUCGACCGCGAAACUGAUUUCGACGCCGACGAGACUGUAGCUAUGAUGGUGCAUACGACCGCCCUCGAAGAGAAGAUCACUGCAGGCGCAUCGUACCUCGAUUGCUUCAGGGGUGUUGACCGCCGCCGAACAGAAAUUGUCUGCAUGGCUUGGGCAAUCCAGAACCUGAGUGGAAACGCCUUCUCGGGUUACUCCUCCUACUUCCUCCAACAAGCCGGUCUACCUGCUUCAACAUCCUACGAUUUUGCCCUUGGUCAAUACGGCAUCAACAUGGCUGGUGUUCUCGGUGCCUGGUUCCUCAUGAAGGUUGGUUUCGGACGUCGAACACUCUACCUCGGUGGUCUUUGCGGUCUCUGCACUAUGCUAUUCGUCAUGGGCUUCCUGGGUCUCGUUCCCGAGUCUUCCCGUGAAAAGGGUGCUUUGGCUACUGGUUCCAUGAUGAUUGUCUGGGCCAUGUUCUACCAACUCACCGUGGGCACAGUGUGCUACUCCCUCGUCGCUGAACUGUCCACCCGUCGCCUUCAGAUCAAGACCGUGGUUCUUGGCCGUAACCUGUACAACAUCAUCGGUAUAAUCACCGGUGUGCUCACGCCCUACAUGUUGAACCCUACCGCGUGGAACUGGGGCAACUAUGCUGGAUUUUUCUGGGGAGGAUCUUGCUUCCUCAGCAUCGUGUACACCUAUUUCCGCCUACCCGAGCCGAAGGGCCGCAGUUUCGCAGAGCUGGAUAUGCUGUUCGAGAAGAGGAUCUCUGCACGCAAGUUUGCAACCACACAGGUUGAUGUUUUUGGCGAGGCGAAUGUGCAAGGAACGCAUGCGUUUGAGAAGUACGAGGAGAAGGUCGAAGCUGCGCAUAUGACCGAGUCGAUCUCAGACGCGAGGCAUUGAGCAUUGAUGAGGUUGAUUUCGAAGUGCUUUGCCUGGCGGGAAGGGGUUGGAGAAGACAAUAUGGAUGGCGGCCAGAAAUGUUACGUGUAUAUAGUGAAUGUAACGAGACGCAAAUUCCAAUAUGUAAAUGCAGAUUCUAUGCUGCGUUCAUCU